AUGGUUCGAGCAGGGUCAGAUGACAGUCGUCGAGAUAAGGCCAGAUUCCACCAACUCUCUCGAUAUUCCACUAUGAUUCUACCCACCGAGGAGGAGAAAAGAUUAUUCAUCGUCAUGCCCAAAGAGGCAGUUAUAAGAGGGCCAAGCACUAGGGCAGCUUUAGUGGGUCCCAAUCUAGGUUCUGGGAUAGUUAUGAUAGGCCUUGCUAGUGGUUUCACCAUGAUAGAUACUAGCAAGUACAUCUCUGAUAAGUCGCACGUGCUUCGGUAUGAUUCUAUUGAGUUGGAUGAUCAUCUGACCUUUGUUGAGCAGCCAAUUGCUGUAUUAGCUAGAAAUGUUCACCAACUUUAUUCCAGUUCCAUCCCUGUUGUUAAGGUCAAGUGGCAAUAUCAUCCGAUCAAGGAGGCUACUUGGCAAAUCAAGCAAGAUAUGCAGGUGCAGUACCCUAGAUUAUUUGAGCCUCUAGGUUUCCGUGUUGGAAGGCCUUUAUAA